CAACCUUUCUUCCUCCCCCCGGCUUUUCAUUUCCUCUCAUUUUCUUCAUCGUAUCUUCUGCCCUAGCUCUAAAAGCUCUCGAAUUCUUGCUCAGUUCCGGCCAUUUUUUUAGCAACUUUUAGUUUCUUCACCUUCUGUUACUAUGAGAACUGUGCCGCUGUUCUACGCCGGCUGCGCCGAUUUCCUUCUCCACGAACCUCACUUCCUAGAGGCCUGUUCCCUUUGCCGGAAACCGCUCGGACGUAACUCCGAUAUCUUCAUGUACAGAGGAAACACUCCGUUUUGUAGCAAAGAGUGCCGGCAAGAACAGAUUGAAAUCGACGAGGCGAAGGAGAAAAGUUGGAGGCGCUCUUCUUCUUCUUCUUCAUCAUCUUCCUCUUCGAACACUCGUAGUCACAGAAAACAAGAAUCUGGCGAGAAAGCUGUACGGUCCGGCACCGUCGCGGUUGCCUGAGAUCUUCAGUUUGAAUCGGAAAAAAAAAAAUCACCUACAGAGAAAAAUGCCUUUCCCAAUUUGAAAAAAAAUAAAUUGAGUUGAGUGGAUGCUGAGAAGGAAAUUUCCAUUGCCAGCACAAGGACUCGAUUCUUAGAAGAAAAAGAAAAUACAGAGGGAGAUUCGGUUUAUAACCUAUAGAUCUCUAAAUGUGUAUA